AUGAGCCCCCUCGCUUCCCCAACAUCAGAUGGCUGUGAUCGACGCCAUUUGCUGUCUGAUGAACUGGAGAGCCCGGACUUGUGGGCCAGCGACUCUCAUUCCAACAACACAGACGAUGCGGACGCUCGGCCCCAGCCGCGAUCAAGCCAACGGCCAGACCCGGCCGAUCGAUCCCGGAUGACCCCGGCAUCAACCUACGAAAUCCUUCACCGCAUCGGCCAGACCUUCUCCCACGUUCAGUACGCCGUCUAUGGCACUGCGGCCAUGCUGGCGUACGGCAACACAGCGCACCUUUGCACCCACGUCAGCAUCGUGUGCCCGGCUUACGCCCAGGAGGUCAUUAAGUCCUGGGCCGCUGCCACUAGUGGUAUGCUGACAUACCCCGGUAUCUCGAACACCAUCGGCGUCACCGACAUGGAUGGAGAGGUCUGGACGGUGGAGAUCACGCCGAUCACCUGCGAUGGCACUUUCGAGACACUAUCCGCGGUGAGUUUCUGCUUCGGCCGCGACGGGACGCCGACGAGGGUCUUGACGAUGCCGGCACUGGUGAACCAGGUUGCCGUGGCCUAUCUGCGCGACGGCUGUGUUUUUGAGGACAGCGACCGUUUAGACGCUUCAGCAGGUGACUUAGUGUGGCUUCUGGAGCAGAUUUGCAAAGACGGUCGUCCAGAACAGCGGCUUUCGGCAGAGAGAGUUCCUGCGGUAAGGGAGCCGCUGUUCUGGUUCGACUUCACAGCCGCGCAUCCCGGACUCGCGGGGCUGUUUCGCGAUGCUGGCCUCCGAGUGGACGAUGUCGAGGGAGUCCACCAGACGGAAGCGGCGACGUCGGCUGAGCCGAGUCGCUCCGUGCCUCAGCGAGACAACCCCGGAUCACGGGGACACAGUCGGUCCCCUACGGGGUCAGAUGCAAGAUAUCAUCAACGCCUGCGAGAGGGGCCCAACCUGACGAGGGCAGAGACCAGGAAGGUAAUUGCGAAUCGGUAUUCUCGGCGCAGGUCGUCGGGCCGCCGGUCCUAUUAUUCGAGUCGCAAGUCUCCCGGCAGGAGAGAUAGCAACGACUCCUGCACCAUGUCGUCCGCUUUGCCUCUUGGCAGCAAGAAGAUCUCGGACUUUGUGUUCGGGAAGCUCCGCAAGCGGCUGAGGUAG